CACCGUGUGGGCGUCCUCCCUCAGGGCGCGGACUCCAAGCGGGAGCAGUUCCGCCGGUACCUGGAGAAGUCGGGGGUGCUGGACACGCUCACCAAGGUGUUGGUAGCCUUAUAUGAAGAGCCAGAGAAACCAAAUAGUGCACUGGACUUUCUGAAGCAUCACCUGGGAGCUUCAGCUCCUGAGAAUCCAGAAAUAGAGGCACUUCGCUUGGAAGUGGCAGAGAUGAAAGAAAAAUAUGAAGCUGUAUUGGAAGAAAAUAAAAAACUGAAAACCAAGCUGGCUCUGUAUGAACCACCUCGAGAUGAGAAGCAUGGUGAAUAACAGUAGUUUCUCCUUUAAUGCCUUGACUUAAUAAAGGGCUUCCUGAGAACUGCA